GUCGAUCCGGAUAUUGUUCUUCUUCCUUCCUCGUUUGUUCCCAUCCUUUGCAUAAUACUUUUCUUUGGUGUCUUGAAAAGGUGUGUCCCUGCCGAAUCUAUCAUCCUUCUGUUCGAUGCCCAUGGUUUAAUCUAGAAGUUUUUGCACGAGCAAUCAUCAUCUAUAGUCGCUAGAACAUAGUAGUAGUAUCUCUUGUUGGAGAAGCUCAUCCAAACCCCUGUUCUGUUCAUUCCUUUUCUUUCGCAAUGCCUCGCCAACGGGACAAAUAGGUUUAGAUCAAAGACAGCAUAGCUAAUUUUUGCGUCCAAACGGCAGUCAAUGUUUCAAGUCCAACUUCUAUUAUGUCUGAUCUUCCUAACACUUGCGCAAGCAGAAUCACAUUACAUACGUGGAGAGACAGUAAACCCUGCAUCACGGAUCGUGAACAAUAACAGCAACGGUUAUCACUUUCGAAGCAGCAACAGCGGCAACGAUGAUACCACGGGGCAGCGCUCGACCUCUUCCCGUCCCGGAAUGAACAACAAGGACCGCCUCCAGCGCAUCUUGGAAUUCCAAGCGGUCAAGAAAUUUUCCGGGAGCCAGCCCACACGCAAGACUCCGUAACCCCGAGCAAAAACGCACACGGGGAAUUCACCCUCGGUGGAGAAGGAAUGGAGACACGCCCGAAGACGAGCUUCGUUUGGUCCCAUUCACAGCGGGUUUCCAACUACAAUACAUGCUUACAUUGCACCGGUUCGAUCCAUCCUAUUUGUUGUGGAUGCGGAUUGCCACCACGGUUCGAACUCUUCUUUUUACGCUAUUCCGAGAUCCUUUGGUCUCCCACGUACCCUUACCUCCAUAGAAUGUAUUCUCGUUUUAAUUUUUUAUUUAAUUUUUUUUAAAACA